AUGCAGAUACCAAUGGUAGAAUUACUUUCAAAUGUGCAUUCCAGAAGAUGCGUCGGCAUUGAAAUAAUUAACAAGACUAAUUCAACCACCUUGACCUCUCCAAGCUCAUUCUGUUAUAGUGGCUAUGUGCUGUCACCACCGCCCCCUACUGUCUCUCCUGGAACAACAGAAAACUGCAUAUUCGUGAAAACACCUAUGGCACUCCGUGGCAGCGUUGGAUUACUUGUCUAUCAUUUUCAGGAAAAUACUCUUGUUAUAAUGUUCUCAAAUCCUUUUGACUAUAAUUUCUACAAGACCACCUUCGGUAUCUGGAUCACUAAUGAAACCGUUACAGCUGAUAAACGUCAAUUUCAGGAUUUGUAUCAGCGCAAAAUGCCGUCAGCCUCAUAUCAGUAUCUUGAGCUUAAAAAAAGUGAUUCUCAGAGUAUUGAGGUUAGCAACGACAAGGUAUCUGUUUCAGCCACAAUGUCUAAAGAUAAUAAGGCUAUCCUUAAAGUAGAAAUAGCAGAUAAAAUAUGUAAAGGGCGUUUACACAAAGAAAUGAACAAUGGCUUCUCUGUUCUUUCUGUGCAAGCAGGCCAAAAAACAAUAACAAAAAAUAUAUUAGGAAAGAACAAGUACCAUGAAAAGUAUUUGUCAAAGAAGGACCAAGGAUGCACUGAUGAUAAACUUGCGCUUUAUUACAAAAAGUGUGAGCUUAUUGGGAGCAAGUAG